AUGGAAGUGAAAGGUGCUGAUGUUGAUGAGAAUAUUGAGUUUUCACCCUAGGAGACAAAAGAAAUAGAAGUUUAUUUCCCACCAUAUUCAGGCAGAAGAGUCAAAGAGACUGUAAUCCUAUACAUAAAUGAGCUAGAACUCAACAGGAUAAGCGACACUAUCGACUUUGAGAUUACUUUCAUUUGA